AUGGCUGGAAUCAAAGGCCGACGUCAAGCAUGGUCUCUGGGAGAUACAUAUGACUUCAUCGCUACCUUUCUCUACAAGCCGGGUAUUCGAACCACCAUCCACUCUACCAGACGCCCAUACCGGACCUCAGCGGCUCACAGAAGUACAAAUAGACUGGAUGGGCGGAUCGCACCACUAUCCCCAGCCGGGAACGGCUCAAGAUGCCAGGAGAAUGCCGGGGAGAGACGCCAUUUCCACGACUACUUCGUCACGAACCUGCCUUCCUCCUCACUCCACCCCGAUUCUCGAUCUGCCGCAGGCCCAUACCACAAGCUGCCCCGAUCGGCUUCUACGCCGCACACGCCCGGCUCCGGCCCGUCUCCUGCGGCCAUGGUCGGCGUGUCCCGCGAGAUGACCGUCGUGCGGAUCCCUCUGCGGAGCGCGAAGCACCAUUUCGGGGUCGCGGUCUCGCGCGGUACGCGGCCGUACAACGAGGAUACGUACCAGGCCGGCACGCUGGAGAUCCCGGCUUUUGCAAGGAGGGCGCCGAUCAGUCUAAGCCGCGCGGGUACGAUGGCUAGCGCAACCUCGGCGGACAGUGCUAGUGGCGAUCCGCAGGUGUUCUACUUUGGGGUGUUUGAUGGGCAUGGUGGUAAUGAGUGUAGCGAUUUCUUGAGGGAGGAGCUGCAUGAUUACCUGGAGAGGACUGCGGUUACGUUUGGCUUGGCAUCGAGUCUCAAGAUGGGGAGAGAGCGGGAGAGUGAUGUGAAGGGGUCUAGCCAGCAGUAUGAGGGGGGUAGCAAAACGGCGGAACAGGGAAAGGAGAGUGAGCAGGAUGUUGUGGGAGAGGCUAAUAUGCCGACGAGAGGUCAUGAUGGGAGGAUCAAGCAGCCGGAGCACCGCCCUGCUAUUGAGAGUCAGAAGCCGGUGCAAGCUGGGUCGAACAAGGGUAACAAGGCUGCGGAGUUAGAACGGAGCCUGGUUGCGCAGUGGAAAAAUACCGUUGGUGGGUAUUUCAGACGGUUCAGACCCGAGUACUUCAACUUGCCAACUUCAGACCGAGAAAACCCUCCCGGGGUUGAGAGUCCAGUCUCCAUCGAAACAGUCCUUAUGUACGCCUUCCUCAAAGCCGACCUGGACUUCGUCACCGCACAGGCGCAGAAACCAGACCCGGAAAACCACAACAGCGACAAGCCUCUGAAUGCAGACGACAUCCUCGGCGAGCCGGCGUACAUCGGCCCCUCCAAACACCGCAUCGGGGGUCCCACGCGCUUCGUCGGCGGCUCGACAGCCUCCAUCGUCCUGAUCUCCACCCCGGCCCCAACACCAUUCUGGCACCCCGCCUCUCCGUCCUCCCUCGUCGUCGCUCAUGUAGGCGACACGCGCGUCUUGCUCUGCAACACCGCGACUGGCCUUGCAGUCCCCGUCACCACGAACCACCACCCCAGCUCCUCAAUCGAGGGGGCUCGGCUCCGGCGCUACGCGGCGACGUUCGUCACCGACUCGUUUGGCGAGGAACGCAUGUCCGGCCUCGCCAACACGCGUGCCUUCGGCGACAUGCGCAGCAAGCGCAUCGGCGUGUCCGCCGAGCCGGAGAUCCGCCGCGUCGAUCUGGCGCCCGCUGAAUACUCCUUCCUGGUCCUCGUCUCCGACGGCGUCAGCGGCACGCUGAGUGACCAGGAGAUCGUCGACGUCGUCAAGGAGGCGAAGACACCUGAGCAAGGUGCGCGAGACGUGGUCAGUUUCGCUACCGAGGUGAGCAGCGAGGGCGACAACGCUACAUGCUUGGUUGUCCGGCUUGGAGGGUGGGAGAGGAGGAUUGAGGGCGGGACGGGGAGCAUGGGGACCAAGGAGAUGAGGGACUUCCGGAAGGGGGAAGCGUUGGAUCCGAGGAGGGGGAGGACUUGA